ACUGAUGAUCAGGUCAGGAAGAAAUUGGGUUCGCUUCUAGGUUCGCUGUCUCUGCUGAGGUAGGCGACGUUCUUGGAUCUGAGCACGCACGAAGUGUUGAUUUUCUUCUUACACACCCACUCGAGGAAAAAUAUUUGGCAGGGACAUGCGAGAAGUAUAUGAGACCUGCUAACUCCACUCACCUGCUAGUUCCUCGAGUUAACCCGUUGGUUUGGGAUAAUCUGCGUCCUCAUGCCCGUACACUUGAUAUGAAAAUUCAGAGGUGCCAGAGGCCUUUAGUUAAAGGGAUUACUGCUCUUAUGAACUCCUUAAAGGACGUGCCUGAGCUGAAUGAAACCCAACAAGAUGCCGUGGCAUUGUUAGGGAAUGCACAUUUCGAACUAAACCAGCUCCGUAAAAAUUUUAUCAAACCGGAAUUGCACCCUAGAUACACUUACUUGUGCAAACCCUCUGUAAAAACCACGCAGUGGUUGUUCGGAGAUGAACUUUCCAGGACCAUAAAGGAAAUGGAUGAAGAACAAAAGGCAGUGGGAGUGAUGCGGAAGCAUCGAUAUCGAACCAAUCCCAGUCAAGGGCCGGUUGCAGCUGGAGGAUUUGCCAGGCCUUUUGCAAAGCCGUAUGCUAAACCCAGCCAGAGAUACCAGGAUGCUGGAUGGGUGUCAUCUUCAAGUUCAAGCUUGGGACACCAGCCUUUUUUAGGCGGAAGGCAGGGGCAGUUUGCCGCCCCGUUCCAGCAAGCACCAACCAGGGGUCACCGCCCCAUGAAACCCAAGCGGGGCAAGCCAGCCUCAACCUACCCAAAUCCAGAGAGACGGUAGAAGACAUGCCAGAAGGGCAAGCAAGACAACACAUAUCACAAAUUGUCAGGAAAGACCUCCAAGACAAGGGCCUUUCGAGAUCGACUGCAGACAUUAUCCUUGCUGCCUGGAGGCCCUCAACAACUAAGCAGUAUGCUACCUACAUUAACCAGUGGUUGGACUUUUGUCGCACACGAAAAAUUGAUUCAGUGCAAACAUCUGUGAUAGCUGUGCUAGAAUUCUUGAGUUCAUUAUAUGAGAGAGUAGGAUACAGUGCGGUUAAUACAGCUAGAUCAGCACUGGCAGCUACAGUGACUUUGUCAGAUGGUAUCAGUCUUAGUACACAUCCACUUGUUACCCGCUUCAUGAAGGGUGUGUUUAAUUUGAAGCCUCCCAGACCUAGGUAUGAAAGAACUUGGGAUGUGACAAUUGUAUUAUCUUAUUUGCGAGGAUUAUGGCCCCUGACGUCCUUAUCCCUUCAGGACUUGACAAUGAAAACUUGCAUGCUCUUAGCAUUAGUGUCUGCUCAACGACAGCAGACCCUUCACCUUCUUAGUAUCACCAGUAUGGAUGUUACAGACUCAGCAGUCACCUUUUCAGUAGAUGAACUGUUAAAAACAAGCAAACCAGGAAAAACUGGGCAGAAGUUAGUGCUUAAGAAGUAUGGACAUGACUCACGUGUUUGCAUCUAUACGCAUUUGUUAGAAUAUGUUGGCCGUACUAGGCCUCUUAGAGGACAGGAAACCUACCUGUUUAUCAGCACCCGGAAACCACAUUGCCGUGUGUCUAGGGAUACUAUUGCCAGAUGGCUUAAGUUAGUAAUGUCUAAAGCAGGUAUAGACAUUGGGGUGUUUAAACCCCACUCCACGCGAUCUGCUGCUGCCUCUAAAGUUGGCAGGACUUUACCAGUAGAAAACAUUAUGCAUCAUGUGGGAUGGAGGUCAGAAGCAACAUUCCAGGAAUUCUAUAACAAGCCAAUAGUAGAGGAAGUUGACUCGUUUGUGUCUGCGCUCUUAGGGGAUACUGCAGAUUCGACCAAUGAAGUAACGGAUUUGUAAAUAGCUCAUGUGAGUUUUACGUCAAACAUUUGUCUUUUCAGUUAUGGUUUCGAGGCCAGAGUUUACUUUAAAGUCUCACAUUAGAUCGAACGUACACCGUUCGAAAUAAAAUGAAGAGAUUAAACGAAAACUUACCUGUUUGAAGUUUGAUCUCCAUUUUAUGAAGUAGGUGUAGUGAAGAGCUAAUGUGCCCUCCACUCCCUCCCAUGUUUGGUUAACUGAAGGUCUAAGAGGGGUUAUAGCUUCACACACCUACAUACUAUUUACCUCCACGUAGUGGAUGGGAAAUUUUACCCAGAAUUUGAAAACUACUCCAGUGGGCACUACGUGGGGUUUUUAAACUCUGUCCUCACGUUGAAUUGUGGCAAGGCGCAUGCGCGGGGCGGGCUUCUCACAUUAGCUCUUCACUACACCUACUUCAUAAAAUGGAGAUCAAACUUCAAACAGGUAAGUUUUCGUUUAAUCUCUUCAUUA